AUGGAUCCAGGAAGUUCGGCCAAUAUCAUACAAUGGAGAGUAUUGGAGCAAGCUAAACUCACCGGAAGCAUUAUUCCGGCCACAAAACUACUCGCCGGAUUCAACCUCGCGAGCGUGACAACCCGAGGAGAGAUUUUGUUGCCCACGAACGCCGAAGGAGUGAUGAAAACAACUCUUUUUGAAGUGGUAGAUGGUGAUAUGGGGUAUAAUAUUAUUCUGCGAAGACCAUGGUUGCACGAGAUGAGAGCUGAACCGGAGCCCGCUCAAGAAUCAGAUGAAGUUAGCCCGAGGGUAGAAGCGUCGGAAUCCUAUCAGGUGCCAAGGUAUUUCCAGGUACGAGAAGAUGAUGCAGCAAAAUCCACGGCGGAAGAGCUCAAGCAAGUUACAUUGUUCGAAGAGUUCUUAGAAAGGAAAUUCCACUUGGGGAUAGGACUGCACCCCGAGCUCAG